UAUUUUCUAGGGUUUUCACUUGUUCUCUUUCAGUGUUAUUCGUAUACGGCAUCUGGUGUUGAAGAUCAUCCUCUGGAGUGAUAAUCUGCUUGUGGUUUAGAUCUCUGUGUUGAGAUCGUUGUUGUAUAAGAGAUUGUGUUAAUCUCUUCGUGUAUAUCCUUUUGUAUUUCUUGUAUCUUUCUGUAUUUUGAAGUUUAUGUUCAACAAAUCUUUUCAAUCUGUUGAACCUGUACUUUGUAUUCUCAGGAUCUCAUACUUUUGAGAUCUAGGGUUUGGUUGGGUUGUUUUUGGGUUGGAUAAUCAAUAAAGUUUUUGUCACCGAUUUUGUCACUAUUUCUGGUGUUUUGUGUAUUUCUGUUGUGUUUUAGUUAGAUCUGUAUAAAUUUUACACAAAGAAAGAAUUCAAGAAAGAAAUGUGGUGGUGUGUUUUGUGGGCUUGGUGUAUUCUCUUGCAAGUAAUAAAAGUAGGGUAAUUGUGGUCAAUAUUAUUCUGCCGACUUUGAAGACGCUACAGACGAGAAGAAUUAAUAAAAGGGUUUUUCUUGUGUUCCUUCAAUUAGUAGUCGUCAACGCAAGAGAAAAAUUGUGAACUCUAUUAUUGGGUGUUUUGUGAAGAUAGAUACGUUCCAGAGAUUGAUGUUUUCUCGUUGGUUCAUUCGAGUAUUUGGUCAAACGAAGUUUGCUUCCGCGUUAUAGUUUAUCGUUUAUGACCGGGUUGCGCGUUUUUCCCAUCACUAGCCGGUCUGACUCGAAGUGUCCAUGACCAAAAUAUAAUGUUUAAUCAAAAUCCAAAGGAUAAUUAUAAAAAUAAUGACCAUUUUCCAAUAUUCUUCAUGUCAAUAGCUAGUCAAAUGAUAUUCCCUCAAAGUCUAUUAAAACCCCCUAGUUGCAAAUUUCUAAUUUCGUCCCUGGUACACAAAGCGUACGUUGAAAGAUUGUUUAAAGAUAAAUAAUAUUUUAAUUUUUUAUUAUGUUUGGGUCUUGGUCGUGCUAGGGAAGUUUCUAAUUUAGUUACUAUUUAUUUCAUUGAAGAAACCUCUUUUUGCCUGUUGUCGAUAGAAAUGAACAAACUGACAACACUCUCGGUCCUGCCAGAAGGCUGCUUGUCGGAAAUACUAUCAAUUACUUCACCUCGCGAUGUAUGCAGUGCUGCCGGCAUCACCAAAGCAUUCAAAUCAGCAGCGGACUCAGACCCCGUUUGGGAGCGCUUUCUUCCGCCAGAUUACCGUGAAGUUAUUGCGAGGGCAGCUGCUCCGGUGGUUUUUGGCUCUAAAAAACAACUCUACCGCCACUUAUCAGAGUCGUAUAUCCUCCUCGACCGUGGUUAUUUGGGCUUCAAGCUAGAGAAGAAAAGUGGAAAAAAGUGCUACAUGUUGGGGGCAAAGGACUUAAUAUUUUACAUGGGUGAGGAUGAGGAUGAGGCUGCUGACAAUACUUUGGAAUGGGGACAUCUACCCGAAUCAAGGUUUGAGGAUGUGGCCAUAGCUAGAGAUGCCUGGCCUCUUGAUAUCCGAGGCAAAAUAGCAAGUGUGAUGCUCUCCGGAAAGACUACAUAUGUAGCAUAUCUUGUGUAUCAAACAACUAGCGAUUCAUAUGGACUUUCAAACCCUUCACAUACAAGUGUAAACUUUCUUGGGGUAUGGAACGGGUCAACUGAUGUUUGGCUUCAUAAUCCAUGGUUACGCACGAGCCUUCGCAAACGGGCACAAAGGAAGGACGGAUGGAAAGAGGUCAAAUUAGGUGAAUUUUACUACGACGGUGAAAAUGAAGGUGAAGUCGAGAUGGCAUUUGAGGAGUAUGAAGGCUUUAUAAGUGGGUUUAUUGUGGAAGGCAUCGAACUUCGGCCAAAAUAGUCUUUUUAUACAAAUGUUUGCAAAAAAAAGAUUGUUGACAUGGGUUAACAGUGGAAAGUUACUAUUAAAUUAAUUUUCUCUAUAUGUUGUAUUAAAGUUUAAGAUAAAAAAUGUUAAAAUUGGAAUAUUUGAUAGAAAUAAUCCAGAAGCAUAUUUGAUAGAAA